GCCCCGCCCUCUGUGCUCGCUGUGGACGCGGCCCCUCAGCUCUCCUGCGUGUCCGUGUCACCGCUGUCACAGCGUCCCCCGCGCCACAGACACCCGGGAGCGGCUCCGAACGCCGAAAGAACCCUCGAGCAGAGAAGUAUCCCGUGGAAAUAAGGGCGUUUGAAGGCGCCGGGUCUACUUUUCUCCAGCUAACGUUACUCUGCGCGGCAUCUCACCGCCCCGCCGGACGGAACGCAGCCGCGCGUCGCUGCCCCGGGACUCGGGUGGGACGUCUGCUUUUCCUCCCCCAAGAAGAUGGCAUCAAAUGACUCACGGCUCCAGCAGCCGCCGUCCCAGAAGGACGCGGCCGACCAGAACUUUGACUACAUGUUCAAGCUGCUGAUCAUCGGCAACAGCAGCGUGGGGAAAACGUCCUUCCUGUUCCGCUACGCCGACGACUCCUUCACCUCCGCCUUCGUCAGCACCGUGGGCAUUGACUUCAAGGUCAAGACCGUCUUCCGCAACGACAAGAGGAUCAAGUUACAGAUCUGGGACACAGCGGGGCAGGAGCGCUACCGCACCAUCACCACCGCCUACUACCGAGGAGCCAUGGGCUUCCUGCUCAUGUACGACAUCACCAACCUGGACUCCUUCACCGCAGUGCAGGACUGGGCGACGCAGAUCAAGACGUACUCCUGGGACAACGCCCAGGUGAUCCUGGUCGGGAACAAGUGUGACCUGGAGGACGACCGGCUGGUGCCCCUGGAGGACGGCCAGAGGCUGUCUGAGGACUUAGGUUUCCAGUUCUUCGAGGCCAGCGCCAAGGACAACAUCAACGUGAAGCAGGUGUUCGAGUGCCUGGUGGACGUCAUCUGCCAGAAGAUGAACGAGAGCAUGGAGGGGGACAUGGGCCCCGAGGCCAACCACAGGAACCAGGCCCUUAAGGACUCGCCGUCAGAGAGCCACGGGGGCUGCGCCUGCUGAACCAGCCGUCCUCUUAGCAGCUCCACACACACACACACACACUGAUAAUCAUACACGAAGACCUUCCCUCUUUGUGCCUCGAGCACUUAAAGUGGCCUCUUCCUCUGUCUUUCACCUUAAAGGGGCCCCUCUUUCUGUCUCUGUUUUCAAACCAUCAGCUGUGGGGGGGAGCUGAUGGUCCACCAAAGCCACCGCGCAGCACCGCCGCCACGGUAACGCCUCACGCUGCGCCCCGAUCUCUCACACGCACACGCUGUGUUGUCACUCGACCAGCCUAUAUUUUUGUGCCACUCCGUCUUCAACGCCGUCUCUCGCAAAACUCACAUUCACCACCACAACUAUGCUUAAUACAAAGUGGUGAAUUAUCUUUCUUUUUCUUGUUCACUGAUAACUGUUCGGUGGAAAUGCAGCUGUGUGUGUGUGUGUGUGUGGGAUACAGUCCUCGACUGCCGCUGCCACUAUCAGGAAAACCAAUGAGCUGGUAGUUAAAGGUUUUUGUGCCGUUCUCAGAGCAUUUAUAGAGCAGCAAAGACCUAGCGCCGUGUGUCUGAAGUCCGCCCCCUUCGUAGUGCGUUGUAAUCCGAGCUGGCCUCCGGCUCCCAGGGGAACGCGGUUGGCCCCGUUGGUGUUGUGUGCGCCGUUAGCGCCGUUAGCUCAUCAUAGAUGUGCCUUUGUCACUCAACCUGUAACCACUGGUGAGGCUUUACCUUCACUUCACUUCACGGCGUCCUUUGUUCCGUGUCCCCCCCCCCCCCCCUCACACACACACACACACACACACCCAGAAAGUCGUUUGAUUGCUUCUGUUAUUUCCUUUCCAGUGCCUUUUGUUUUGUCCGUGUGGUGAUUACUGACUGGUCACUUGAUAAAUGAACCAUAACCUCUGGACCACAACAGCUACUGUAUGAGUUUCCCAUAGCUGAUAUAAACGUCUCCUUCGCACCACUUUGAGGCUUUGACACGAGGAGUCUGUGUGCAACCAUCACGACACUAUGUUUGUAUUCCAGCCCGUUGCAGUGUGUUUAAGCGGAAUGGAGGAGCAUCAGCGCUCACGAGGGCGGCUGCUGCUCCAAAAUGUUAAAUGUGCUAAAACUGUCCAGUGAUGUUUAAUAUGUAACCACUUCUCUGCCAUACGGGGAAACUACUGACUGACGCUUUUGCAGCAUUUACGUCAGUAGCCGUUGGUCUGGGGCUUUGUUCUUCUUCUCUCUUUUGCGUAUGGUCUAUUUGUUGUCAUGUGUCGCUUUCUAAAAAAGGGGAGAUCACAUUUUUUACGUUGUGAAUGUGUACGGUGGAAGCAUCAUGGGGACCGAAGUGCAGCCUCUAAACAAGAAUACAUUGAGAAUGUACGAAAUGUGUAAAUGACAAUAAAGAAUAUAUUCAUUACAAAGUUAA